AUGUCGAUUUUGCUGCGAAAAGGAUUUGCGGACGAGUCGCUGGAGCGCGUCCUGGAGGACCUGCUGGUGCGGUUUGUGAUCAACUGUCCGCCGGAAGACUUGUCGUCAAUUGAGAGGGUCUUCUUCCAAAUAGAGGAGGCGCACUGGUUCUACCAGGACUUUGCGCGAGUCAUCAACGAAUUGCUGCCGCCGAUGAAGAUGAAACAGUUCACGGCCAAGAUAAUAGCGCAGUGUCCUGUUGUGUGGCGCUGGGGCGACUCGCAGGACGCCCUGGCGCAGUUCGGCAAGUACAAGUCGUCGAUUCCCGUUCGCGGGUGUGCUGUGCUCAACCAGAAGCUGGACAAGGUGUUGCUGGUGAAAGGGGUCGAGUCGUCGUCGUGGGGGUUCCCCAGGGGCAAGAUCUCCAAGGACGAGACCGACUUGGACUGUGCAUUGCGCGAGCUGGAGGAGGAAACUGGGUUCGACGGCAGAGAGUACAUUGACGAGGACGAAUACAUCGAGCGCACCAUUCAGGGCAAAAACUACAAGAUAUACAUUCUGGCUGGCGUGCCGGAAAAUACCGAGUUCGAGCCGCGUGUUCGCAACGAAAUCAGCGCGAUCGCGUGGAAGGAAAUCAAGUCGUUGUCGAAACAGGGCAAGAAUAAUCUAUUUCUGGUGAGCUCGAUGAUGAAACAGCUGCAGAAUUUCAUCAACAAGAGGAAAAACCAGCAGACAGAGGAGGAGCUCAAAAAACAGGCCACCAUCCAGCUCAAGAAGAUUUUGGGUGUUGGCCAGCCCCAGGAAAAGUCCGACCCCGGAAGAGACCUGCUCAACAUGUUGCAGCAGGUUUCUGCUGGAAAACAGCCUCCAAACGUGCAGCCGCCUUCCAUGCCGCUGCCGGGCCACCCUGUGCCGCUGCCUAUGCCUGUUGCUCCGUUCCCUAUGCCGUUCCCGAUGCCGUUCAUGAUGGCUCCGCACAUGCUUCCGCGGUUUCCCUUUCCACCGCCGCCUGCCAUGUCUGUGCCGCGUAGCGACCAGAAAAACGAGCUGUUUGCUCCGCCACCUUCGUCGCUCGACAAGCCGCAGAUGGUGCUGGCAAACAGGCGUUCUGGAGAGAGUAAUAGCAAGGAGCUGCUGAGCAUUCUGAAACGUCCCGAGAGAAAGGAAGAGACAGAGGACGCCCCGAAGCCGCGCGGGGGCUUUUUGCAGAACUUGUUCGAUAGGUACAAGGGCGAAGAGCCUGCGCAGUUCCCGCGGAAGGUGACGAUUCUGAAGCGGCCAAAGGAGGAGCGGGAGCCGGAGCAGGAGAGCUCGGAGAAGCCCGGUGCCAGUUUGCUGGGCCUGUUGCAGCGGAAACCAAGUCCUGCGACGAACGGCAGCUCGGAACUGCUGAACAUCCUGAAGAAGCCGGAGCCCAAGACGAAGACGGACUCGGAAGGGUCGAAGGAGCUGCUAGGCCUGUUGACUAAAGAGGAAACGCAGCCAAGGGACGACUCGAAACAGCUGCUGGACUUGUUGAAACCAAAGCCGGCGAACCAGAACGGCUCCAGCGGCUCGGCAGAGCUGCUGGACAUGCUCAAAAAGCCUGAACAGCCAGCUCCGCCAGCGCAGACUUCUACUGCCCCCUCUGCGUCGGUUCUGCUGGGAAUACUGAACAGAAAAGAAGAACCGCGCGACCCUAGCAAGGGACUUUUGGACGCGAUAGUCCCGCCAGCACAGGAGACUCCCGCACAGUCCGGCUCUUCAGGCUCGCACGAGCUGCUGAGCCUGCUCAAACCGGGCAGCUCGCCUGCGCCAACGUCUGCUCCGGAGUCGACCAAAGACGUGCCGAAGCCGUCCCAGGAAGCCGACGAGUACGAGGAGUUCGAGGACUUUGAGGACCUAAACGAGGGGUACGAGAACGUGCGCUCGUCCAACCACUUCAAGACGUAUGUGAGCGACGAGGACGAGAUAUAUUUGUGA